AUGGAUGCUUUUGAGAACUCAAGAAUCUACAAGGAGAAGACUAAAGCUUUCCAUGACAAGAAUAUCCUGAAGAGAGAGUUUAAAGAAGGAGAUCAAGUUCUUCUCUACAACUCUAGGCUGAAGUUGUUUCCAGGAAAGCUUAAGUCAAGGUGGUCCGGUCCUUUCAAGGUCAAGGAGGUUAAGCCAUAUGGAGCAAUAGUUUUGUGGAGCACUGAUGGAAGAGACUUCACAGUCAAUGGACAAAGGGUUAAGCUCUACAUGGCUACUGCACCAGAGGAAGAUGGGGUUUCAACUCCACUGUCUGAUCCUACCCCGGCCUAA